CCUGCACCCGGUUCACCCGGUCCCCGCCGCGGGCCACGCGCUCCUCUGCACCUGGACUGCGAGUCAUUCACACUCUAGUGUGAAGGAGUUCCCGGCACCUUUCGGAGGGACAGCGGGCUCUGGAAGGAUUGGGCGGGAGGAAGCGCGGCUGCCCUGGGCUCAGAGGACCGACCCUGGCGCCUCCCCUGGCUUGUGCGGCCGCGGCGCCCCAUCGAAUCAGCGAGACGAGCGGCCGCGCUCCUAGAGAGGCGCGGAACCGGCCGGACGCUGUGACUCGGCCUCCGGCGCUGGGGUCGGCGCUGGAAGGCCGGAGGGUUGGCGGGGCGAGCGGGGAUCCCUGCGGGAAUGUCCCGACGGUGAGAGAAGAAGCUCCCGAGACCCCCAGCCCCGGCUGCGGGAAGCGCCGGAGAGACCGUCCGCCCCGCGAGGCCCCGCGGCCCGGGCUCAAGGGAGGCCCGCGGAGGCCGGCCUUCGGGUCCCAGGUGUGGCGCCCCUGACCGCCGUGGGAGCCUUUCGCGAGGUCGGCCAGGUCGUGUGCACUUUCCCUGAACUUUGUCCAUUAACCAGCAAUUAGACGAGUAUGCGUGCCAAGCGCUGUGCUAGAUGCUGGGGUGCAAUCUCAAUAAGAUACAUUCCGGGCCCUCAGUGUCUUGGCUCCUGGCAUCUCAUGUACGCCUAGGUGCUCUUCAUCAAGAAGUCCAUCAGAGUUGAAUAGCAGAUAAACAUUUGGAAAAACAUUUCUGAAGCAUAGACCACAGCUACGUGAACCUUUUCUUAGUGUCUAAGUUCAACAUGUGUGAAGCUUUGUCAGGCCCUGCUCCUAAAGAUGAAGAUGGCUAUGUGAAGGUGGAAGAGGAAGAUCCCUCAUGGGAGCAAGCAUGUGGCUUACAGGAGAGCAGCUCUCACAUUCAAGAGCUUUGUCGCCUGCGUUUCCGGCAGUUCUGCUACCAGGAGGUCUCCGGGCCCCGUGAGGCUCUGGUCCAACUCCAAGAACUUUGCCAUCAGUGGCUGAGGCCAGAGACCAAUACCAAGGAGCAGAUUUUGGAGCUGCUGGUUCUGGAGCAGUUCCUGACCAUCCUGCCCAAGGAGCUUCGGGCCUGUGUGCAGACCUAUCAUCUGAAGAGUGGGGAGGAGGCAGUGACUGUGUUGGAGAAUCUAGAGACGGAACUUGGAGAUACAGGACAGCAGGCCUCAGUCUACAUUCAAGAACAGGACAUGGGUCUAGUGGUGACAGAAUGUCAAGGAGCCUCUUUGGAGUGUCAGAGCCUUCAGCUCCUGCCUGGGGGAUCCAUCCUGAAAUGUGAACCUCCAGAGCUCCAGCCCCAAGAAGUGAAUGAAGCCAUUCCUCAGAGAACAGCCCUUCUCCAGGAGGAAAACCCCAGAGACAAGGCCGCAGUGCCUGAGUUUAACUCAGCUGGGCCCCAGACAUUGGUGAAGACUGAGAAAGAAGCAGCCAAGUCCCUUGCCCCAGAGGAGUGGCCACAUCUUGGUCUGGCUCCGAGGGACCUCUAUGGGAACUCAGCUCAGGAGGUCACAAACCUUGGUCUUAGGACUGAAGAAGUUAUGACUAAAGGUGGAUUGUUUAAUGCAAAACAAGAAACUUCCAAAGAAAUGGUACCAACUGGGGAGGUGUCGAGAAUACUCAGCAGAGAUUGCGCACCCCAAAUGCCUUGCAGGGCUUCUGUCCCUCCUGAAAGGGCAGUUGUACAUUUGAACGCUUUGAAGGAUCCUCACCCUAGUGACUUGUGGGCCCGGAUGCACAUCUUAUCCUUGGAAUAUGCUGCAGGAGAUAUAACCCGCAAAGGGAGAAAAAGAGACAAAGCUCGAGUGAGUGAACUGCUCCAAGGCCUCACAUUUUCUGGUGACUCAGAUGUGGAGGAAGAUAAUGAGCCUGAGACCCAGACAGCACAAAAGAAGCUUAAGGUGUCAAGUGUCCCAGAGAAGAAUUGGACCAGAAGAGACAUUAAACCCAACUUUCCAAACUGGUUAGCACUGGAUUCUGGACUUUUGAAUCUCAAGAGUGAAAAGCUGAACCCAGUAGAGUUCUUUGAAUUAUUUUUUGAUGAUGAAACAUUCAACUUGAUUGUCAAUGAAACCAAUAAUUAUGCUUCUCACAAAAAUGUCAACUUGGAAGUCACAGUUCAGGAAAUGAAGUGCGUGUUUGGUGUCUUGCUUUUCAGUGGAUUUGUGAGGCACCCCAGAAGGGGAAUGUACUGGGAAAUCUCUGAUGCUAAUCAGAAUCUGAUUAGAGAUGCAAUUAGAAGGGACAGAUUUGAAUUGAUUUUCUCAUAUCUACAUUUUGCAGAUAACAGCUGCCUAGAUCAAAAAGAUAAGUUUACAAAAUUGAGGCCUCUCAUAAAGAAAAUAAAUAAAAAUUUCCUCUUAUAUGCACCCCUGGAAGAAUAUUAUUGCUUUGAUAAGUCAAUGUGUGAAUGCUUUGAUAGUAACCAAUUCCUAAAUGGAAAGCCUAUUAGAAUUGGCUAUAAAAUUUGGUGUGGUACAACCACACAGGGUUAUCUGGUUUGGUUUGAGCCUUAUCAAGAAGAAUCAAAUAUGAAGGCAGAUAAGAAUCUUGAUCUUGGUUUAGGUGGAAAUCUAGUGAUGAACUUUGCUGAUGUUCUUUUAGAGAGAGGUCAGUAUCCCUAUCACCUGUGUUUUGAUAGCUUCUUUACAAGUGUCAGAUUGGUGUCAGCCUUGAAGAAGAAGGGGUUGAAGGCAACCGGAGCAAUUCAUGAGAACAGGUCUGAAAAAUGUCCCCUUAUGCCUAUAGAACAGAUGAAAAAAAUGAAGAAGGGGCAUUUUGACUUCCAAGUGGAAGAAAAUGAUGAGAUAAUUCUGUGUCGUUGGCAUGGUGAUGGCAUUGUCAGUCUGUGCUCCAAUGCUGUAGGCAUAGAACCUGUAAAUGAAAUAAGCCACUAUUUUGCCAACAGUGAGGAACUCCUCCCAAUAAGUCAGCCAUCCAUAGUGAAAUUGUAUGAUGAAUACAGAGGAGGUAUAGCUAAAAUGGAUCAAAUCAUUUCCAAAUACAGAGUGAGAAUAAGAAGCAAAAAAUGGUACUCACUUUUGGUGAACUACAUGAUUGAUGUAGCCAUGAACAAUGCAUGGCAGCUACACAGAGCCUGUAACCCAGGUGCCUCUCUAGACCUCUUGGAUUUUCGAAGAUGUGUUGCACAUUUCUACUUGGAGCAUAAUGCUAAUCUGUCAGAAAGAAAAGAAAAAUUUUCCCUGUGGAGUGGGAAAACAAGGUUUCCAGGCACUCAGUACGAAAGAGCACUGGACUGGAUGGAAGUCAGUCGGUCUCGAAAGCAGACGUUUGCCACCACGCAGGCAUGUGACUUUGAGCAGAUCACUUCAUGUUACCAAGCUUCAGUAGAAGGUGAACUCUGCAAAGGUGGGACCCCCAGCUGUUCUGCCCACUGGUGUUUCCUGAGCCCCUGUAACAGUUCCUGCUGGUCCAGAGCAGGUGAUCAGCAGAUGCUUGCUGAACAACCGAGUGAAAGACAAAGAGGCUGCCUGAGCACUGGAGUUGAAGUCACAGAAGAACGAAGCCAAGCUUCAGUGUUAAACCUAAGAGUAGCAUGUAGUAGCGUCCAGGUCCCUUACCUCAGCUGGGACCUUAUCUCUAUGGCCUUAGCAGCUCAGGGAGUUCCAAGGGAGGAACAACAGCUCCUUUCCUCUCACCCUGAAGGCUCAUGUGAGGAAGAGCGAGGAAGACCAGAAGCUCUGCAGCAGCAGCUUUUUGCUAAAACAAACAUUUACAGGCCAAAAGAAGCGGAACCUCCCUCCCCUCCUCAACCCGGGCCUCUCGCUAGUGAAGGUGUGGAGAAAAAGAGCUGGCGGGUGCCCGGGGACCGCGCCUGCGCAGAUGUCCUUUUCCAGCCUGCCCCAAGGCACAGACCUUCAAUCUCCCGGGAGCGGGGCGGGAAAUCCGGAGGUUGUUGCUCCGUGUUACUACCUUACUGCAAAAACCCGGGCCUUAAAUCCCAACCCGAUGGAUGUGAAGAAGAGAAACCUCAGCAAGAGAUUUCUGUGCGGCGGAGCGUCUACCGGCAUUUGGGAAGAGGCCCGGAAGUGGCUUCUGUGCCCAGCCCUGCUGGUGGUUCGCUAGUUUCGGACACUUUAACUAUCCGGAGAAACACAGCUCCCAGCUACAGUGAAGUCCGAGUACCACCUUGGCUCAGAAUGGCUAGAGAAUCGAGGGAAAAUGCAGCCCUGGAUGCCCAAUCUGCAGAGAACCAGAUGGGGCUUCUGGUCAUAAAAGUGGAGGAGGAAGAGGCUUCUGACUUUGCAGAAGAAGCUACUCUGCGAGGCAGCCGGGUUCCAGGUCCUGAGCGUUCCCGCCAGCGCUUCCGGGGCUUCCGGUACCCGGAGGCUGCGGGGCCCCGCGAGGCGCUGAGCCGGCUCCGGGAGCUCUGCCGACAGUGGCUGCUGCCUGAGAUGCACACCAAGGAGCAGAUCCUGGAGCUGCUGGUGCUGGAGCAGUUCCUGACCAUCUUGCCGGGAGAGCUGCAGAGUUGGGUGCGGGAGCGGCAUCCAGAGAGUGGAGAGGAGGUGGUGGUUCUGUUGGAGUGUUUGGAGAGGCAGCCGGAUGAGCCGAUGCCGCAGGUCCCAGGCGGUGACUGGGGAAAAGAAUUGCUUUAUUGCAAAAUGGCACUGCGGACAUCAGCCCAGAGGUCACAAAGUAGCCAAUUCCAGUCGAUGAAAGCUCUGCUCAAGCAUAUACCUCUGGGAUGCCAGCCCUUACAAGACAGAGUUCUCCAGGUUCCUGGGCUUGCCCCAGGAGGGAGCUGCAGAGAAGAUGCAGAAGGAGCUUCCAGGCUCAUCCCGGAGUCCCAGGGGUUGCUGAAAAUGGAAGAUGUGACCCUGACCGUCACCCCUGGGUGGGCCUGGCUGGAUUCUUCUCAGGCGAACCUCUACAGAGAGGAAAGGCAGGAGAACUGUGGCAGCCUGAUCUCCCUGGGUGGUGAAAUACAGCCUGAGAUGAAGGACUUGCCUCCACCUGAGGAACAUCCAGUGCAAGAGUCUGGGGAGGUAGCAUACCACCUGGGUGAAGACAUUGCCCAGAUACUUACACAUGCAGAGGCUAGUGAACAGGAGGGCAGGUUACAAAGAAAGCAAAAAAUUCCCACAGGGAGUAGGCGGCACUACUGCCAUGAAUGUGGAAAGAGUUUUGCUCAGAGUUCAGGCCUGAGUAAGCACAGGAGAAUCCACACUGGGGAGAAACCCUAUGAAUGUGAAGAGUGUGGCAAGGCCUUCAUUGGGAGCUCUGCCCUUGUCAUUCACCAGAGAGUCCACACUGGUGAGAAGCCAUAUGAGUGUGAAGACUGCAGCAAGGCAUUCAGUCACAGCUCAGACCUUAUCAAACACCAGAGAACCCACACUGGAGAGAAGCCCUACGAGUGUGAUGACUGUGGGAAAACCUUCAGCCAGAGCUGCAGCCUCCUUGAACAUCACAGAAUCCAUACUGGGGAGAAACCAUACCAGUGUAGCAUGUGUGGCAAAGCCUUUAGGCGGAGUUCACAUCUCCUGAGACAUCAGAGGAUCCAUAGUGGCAAUAAAAAUGCUCAAAAUCCUGAACAUGGAGAGACUUGGGAAAGUCAUGGUCAGAUGGAAAUCCAGGAGCGAAAUGUUGAGUCUCCCAUAUCUUAUAAAUGUAAUGAGUGUGAGAGAAGUUUCACUCAGAAUACAGGACUUACUGAACAUCAAAAGAUUCACACUGGAGAGAAACCCUAUCAGUGUGAUGCAUGUGGGAAAGGCUUCACCCGAACUUCAUACCUUGUUCAACAUCAGAGAAGCCAUGUUGGGAAAAAAGUUCUGUCACACUGACUCAUGAAGUACAUACCAAAGUUGCCACUCAUUCCUCAUUAAUUGAAGCCACUCUACUGCCCCUCCUGACUACAGAAAUUGUGGGUUGGGGCUUUAUUUACCACUAAACACCAUAAGGUAUUAGAAAAUGUAAAGUCUGGCUCAGAUGAAUUAUCUUCUCGUUUCUAGAAGGUGACUGAGAAAAGAAACUUGUUUGAUAGGAAGCAAUGAGAGUGUUGCCUGGAAAAGGUAGGAAUUAAAAUGAUUUGUUCUAAUCCAUUGGACUUAAGUGGGCUUUCAGACCUGCUACUUGCCCUCAGCACUUUAUUACAUCCCUUGGGUGGAUGGCUUGAUUAGGGGGCUUCUGCUGUGAACAUCCUGUCAAUAAUGAAUCCUCCACUAGUUGGGAGAUUCAUAAGGUCUUAUUCACUACCCCAUCCCUGUGCCUUGCACAUAGGUGCUAGUAGACAUGUAUUAAAUUUAUCAGGAAGAUGAUCGUUAUAGCUCUAAAAAUAUGUUGUCUAGAUUUUUGAGGUAUUCCUAACUAAGCUUUUUUGUGUUUGUGUCUUCCUGUCUGAGGUUCUAGAUUCUGGUUCAGUCUAGUGCAGUUUUUGCCCAGUGAGGGUGGGGCUUCUGUGAUAGAAAGAAUCCAUAUUUCCUUGCCAGUCCAGUAGUUCUAAUAAGAAUUUCUUGAACAGCUUCUUUAUCAUUAAGUCACUGAGAAUGUGCACCAUUUGUGGAAUUCAAUUUUUUACUUAAUCUAUCCUGACACUAAUUUUGCAACUUCAUAGGAGAAAACUUUCCCAUUCAGGCAGUAUGAAAAUCAGUGAUCAAGUCAGAGUGAAACGAUUGAUUCUGAAAUAAAUUGUUAUGCUCAGCAGCUUGAUUCUCAUGUUUGAUUCUCUUGGGGCUAACCAAAUGCCCUUAAAGCUAUGGGACAGUAUCUUUUUCCCUCCUCUCCCACCAUGUAGCAGACUGUGCAUCAAUGCUUAUGUCUGCUAAGUUCAAACUUCCUUCAGGCCACUGGAUUCACACCAAAUAUUUAUAACAAGUAUUACUUAUGUUCAAAAUUAGUAUAAGACAGUCUUAGUCUUCUAUACUGAUUCCUGAAUCACCUGUGUGGUACUAUUAAGUUAACAACCUACUUUUCUAUAAACGUAUUUUGUAGACUUUUUUUCUUCUCGUGACAGUGAAAAUUUCAUUCUUGUGCAUUCAAGUAAGGAAGCUUGUUUUUAGUCAUAAAUAGUAUUUUUAAUGUAUAUUUCAAGUGGAGUUGCUGCUACAGAAAUAGUUCUGAAUGACUACUUUCCUGCAAAUAUUUUUGUUAAUUUGUCACUGCUCCUUAUUAUAGAAAUAUGCUUUCAUUUUUAUAUCUAUUCACAUUUCUAACUUAAUUUCUGGCAGCAGCAUACCCUUCCAACAACAUCAGUGUAAACUCUGGAAUUCCAAUAUAGCAAAACUUCUUGGUAAACUUUCACAAUUAAUGGUUUGGCCGUUGUGAAAUAUUUCCAACUGCUCUAUGUAUCUUGUUUAUUAGGAAUUGAGUCAUCAUCCAAAAUCCUUUGCAGAUCUAUCCAAGUCAACAAUAAUUUAUGCCAAUUUCCAAGGCUUGGUACUUCAAAGUUUUCAGGAAUGUGGAAGGAAAGAAAUUUAAGGAAUCUUCAUGUAAAUUAUUUGUAUUAGGAUAAUAAAGCAUAUGGUUAUUCUGAGUGAAUUCUUAAACUGAUAAAAAUGCAUUGCAUGAUUUCAAAACUCUCUGAACAUAACUGUAGUUUUAGGUAUUAACUGAAGCAUUAAAACCUUUAACCAUCCUCCUCCCUUUUGAUCUCCAACAAGUUCUGCCCAUUGGCAACAGGAGCUUGGGAAAUGGAAUUUGUUGCCUCCUUACUUUUUUCACAGAUCAGGACAGAGAAGGGCUGGUGUGAGGCUAACAGACAAGAAAUGUGACUGGCUCACCACUGUAUCCUCAGUACCUAGCAGAGUUCCUGUUGAAUGAAUGAAUCUGAAAAUUGACUGGCUACACUUUUAAUUAUAAUUCAUAUAAUUAACG